UCACGUGUAGACGUCUCCCUUCUUGCCGACAGUGUCUGCCUUGGGCGAGAGGGGCUGGUUGGUCGCUGCCGCCCCCUCCUGCUUGGUCACCCAGCUGAAGUAGCGGUUGUAGACGUCACUCCACUUCUCAUCUGUGCUUGCCGGGGCACCCCUGAGCGGCUUCACGUUCUCUGUCGAGGCAUCGCUCACGCGGUGCUGCUCAUAGGGCACCUCGGCGCCCUUUACAGGCGGGGCGCUGGCAAUGGCCGUCUCGCCGAACGUCUUGGACGGCGCUGCGACGAACUUGGCCCUCCUGCAGUCAUCCAGUCAAAAAUUGUGGACGGAUGGAUGCGUGUGUCGUCUGUGGCGAUGGCUCACUUUCUGAAGCACGUGAAGUAGACGAUUGCGGCAGCGAUGGUGAUGACGGCGAGGCAGCAGAGUGCGCCGAUGAGGAAGGCCAUCUCUGUCGAGAGGCCCUUGUCUUCCUUCUUGGGCUCAGCCCAGGACGGCAGGCCGUCGCCCAGCUGGUCGUCGGCAGAUGACCCCCGGCCCGCCCCCAGCACGUCAUAGGAGCCGUUGUUGUUGUCCGUAAUGCCUACAAAGGCGUAGUCGGCCGACACGCCGUAGAUGUUCUUGCUGAACGCCAUGAUAUACGCCGCACCUGGCGGAAUCCUGCACCCACAGACAGACAGACAGACACACAGGCAGGCAGACGGACAGAUGGCAGUCUCUUCAGUCCAGUGUGUGUCUCCGAGCCAUCUUUCCUCCAGCGAGCUCACGGUUCGUUUGUGAAGGUGUAGGAGAGUUUGGAAACGCCGUAAUUGGGCUUGAUGUUGCUGGCGACGUGCUGGAGUGGAAGGUCUAUGAGGUCCUUAAUUGGACUGAGGCGCUGGUCGCCCCAGCGGAUGGCGUAGUACCUGAUGCCAGUCUCGUCCUGCGCGUAGUCAACGUGCAGUGUGACAGUCAGCUGCAUUGGCACCUCAUCCGUGUCAUUCCUGAACGCGCGAAGCACACACACACACACACACAGACGGAUGGAUGGAUGGAUGGAUGGCGUAGGUGUGUUUGGGUUGAUUGCAUACGAGAGCAUGGCGGCGAUUGGUGAGAAUACGGGUGGCGGGCAGUCGCCGUCCGCGCAGUGGCUGGGGGGAAUGGACGUCAUGGCGAGGACCCGCAUUUCGUUCGGAGGCUCCUGCAUAUCGUUAAAGAGUUUCGUCCUGUUGUUGGCGUCCCGCAGCCGCGUAUCGAGUGCACGCUGUGCCUCCAUCACUGUGUCGUAGUUUUCCUGCUCGCCGGGCGUGGCGUCUUCGCCGCCCUCAGGCUCAAUAUUGGCGUUGACCUCGGUGCUGCCGUCGGCCUGGAGGCGCCUGACGAUGCCGUUGACGAACGAGCCGACGGUCCUGCCACCGGCCUCGUAGAUAGCGUCGUGUAGGCGUCGCGACUUGAGAGGCUGCACGUCGGCAAUCUUGAUGCGGUCGGCGGAGAUUUCCAGGAGGGUGGCGAUGUUGUUGAUCAUCUUGCCCCGUCUGGUGUCGGUAAAGUCGUCCAGAGGCACAUCCAGCUUCAGGUUGAGCUGCACAAUGGUCGUCGUCCGGAUGACAAUGUAGUUCUUGCCUGCACACACGCACUCGUCCAAGGAGCGGAAACAAGAGGCGAUCGAUGUGCGUCCGUGCGUCCCUGCCGACUGACCGUAUUCAGCUUGGCGGCCGCCCUGCAUCACCAGGUGGAAUCGCCUCAGUUGGGGGUUGUUGGCAUUGGUCCCAUGCGUCGCAUUCACCAGCACCGGCUUGGUUGUGAGGGCGAGGCUGGACUCGCGUUCGACGCCGUUGCGAAAGACGUGUCUCUUGAUGGGGUCUCUGUAGAAGAUGUUGAGCAGGAUCUUGUCGUCCUCGUCGGGCGACAUGUAGUGGAGCUCCAUGCUGUUGGGCGUGGUGCCCAGCAAGGUCAGGUUGUACUCUCGGUCGGGAACCAACGGCGCUUGGACCAACGAAUAGUAGAACCUGCAGAAAUCCAUCCAUCCAUCCACCCACCCUCUUUGUGUUGGUUCUGUGUGGGCACAGGUCAGUUGCUUGCUGACCGUUUGGCGCAUUCGUCGUUGCCCAUUCCCUGUGCGGCGAAUUCUUUCUCCGUGCCGUUUGCCACCUCUCGUCUCAUGACCAUUGGCGGGAUGCGCCGGCUGCCGCUGUCGGGGUCCAGGGAAUACAGACUGAACCAACGGAACUUGAGCGAGCGGCAAAACUUCAACCCUGGCGAAUCACACACACACACACACACGCAGAGAGAGAGAGAGGGAGGGUGGCUGGCGCGUGUCAGUCUCUGUGUCAGUGUGUCCCGUUGUCGCACGCACUCAUAUCGGUGAGGUCUUCGCAAUCGGGGUAGUUGUCGAUGACCGCCACUGACUCUUUGGGCGUGAACAGGCCGGAAGUGCCCUGGCCCAGCAAAGUACCGUCCAUGUCGUGGCCGAAGGUCAGCUGCACGGCGUCGCACACACCCGUCGCGUCGUCGGGGUUGCAGCCCGUGCCGCCCUCGCCUGCACGCGUGUCGAGACGGAACUUCUGCCCAUUCUCUGGACACAGCACAGCAGACAUCCAUGGUUGCAUUCAUCGCAUCACCAGCACCACAGUGGGUCUGGCUGACCGGUGUCGAUCCACUUGGUCUGGUAAAAGUCCAUGUCAGGAGUGUAGUCGGGCUGGCUGGGGUUGUGGGCCACCGCGUAGGCCUUCUCGUUGCACUCGUCCUUGAACUUGGCGAACACGGUGUUCCGCAGCUCCACAUGGGCGUAGAUGCCGCCGCGCACACCGUAUCGCCGCUCCCAGGGGGGCGAGCACAUGCGCUCGGGGACGGUGGGGGGGCGGCAGUCCAUCCCGCCCUCGCCAGCAUCGAGACCGACGUCCAUCACACACGUCUUGGCGCGAUUCGUCUGCACACGCAAUGAUGCAAUAAGGCAGACGGGCCAAUCCGCGUGAGCCUCCACCCACCGACCGACGGACCUUUUGGACUGUCAUGAAGCCGACGCGUCUGACUGUCUCGCCGGUCACUGGGACGAACUCGGGCCCGGCAAAGACAGAGUUGCAGCCAUUGGGCUCCACGUCGCCCUUCGUGAAGGCCUGUGCCACACACACGCAGACACACACAUGAAUGAGAGAGGAAUGUCAUUUGUGUGCGUGUGUGACAGAGACAGGCAGGGAGGCACCAGGCAGGUCUGUCCAUAGCAGGUGUCUCCGUCGGUGCGAGUGGAGGCGGCGGUGGUGCCCAUGAGGAUGGUGUCCUGCAGCCAGGCGUACUGGAUCUUGGUGUAGUGCACAAAGUUGAGCGAGAUGCCGAUGUGCGAGUCAGACACCGUCACGCUGUUCAGCUGCAUGUCGGCACCGGUGUCCACCACCAACACGCCCUGCGCCCAUCCACACACACACGCACACAAAGGAGAGAGGUGGGUCUGUGUAGUGGGAGGGGGGAGAGAGGGCUCCUUACGAAGUGCGCGGCUUUCCAGAUGGUCCACUUGUUGAGUGCCUUGCACUGGUUGCCGGUGGUGCCGCCGGUGCCACCAGCCCCCAUCUCGGGCCACAUGUACACGCCGAUCACCGCACCCACCACCUCGUUGCUACGCACCGUCUCUGUGUGCGCCCACCCAUCCACACCACACACACACAUCGCACACUCAUCAACGGCGAUCGAUGUCUGUGUGGUGUGAGUGAGUGAUGCGUGUGCACCCACCCUGGCCGCAAUCGUCUGCGACGAUCAUGAAGCCAGUGUCCUGCGAGCCGGAGGCCACGUUGCCCGUCACCCACGUCUGCCUGCACACCCACCACACACACGGGAAGGAUGAAUGGGGGCUUGUGUCUGUGUGUGUCUGUGUCUGUGUGGGUCUACUUUGCGGCCAGGUAGAAUGAAGCGUAGGUAAUGAGCCAAUCGUCUGGAUCCUCUGGAUCACGCCGUGUGCCGACCACAAGGUUGUUCUAUCCCACAGACACACGCACACACAGAGACAGGCACACAUACGCCCACAGACAGAGACACAGAGGAAGAGACGUAUCUGUCUGUGUGAGUGUCGCCCUCCCCCCUUGGCUGCGACGCCUACAGUGAUUUCAUUGCGGUCAGCGUCGUUCCACGCCUCGACGGUCUGUUUGCAUCCGUGGUAGUAGACGUUGCUGUCGAUGCGCGUGUUGUGGAUGCCCCGCAGCACCGUGCCAUAGUUGAGGAGCGAGAAGGAGCAGCCGAUGACACUGUUGGGGUACACGCCCUCCACGAUCUCCAUCGCCUCGUCCCGGCCGCCGUCGUUCUUCGACAAGUGGUACUCGAAGUUGAGCGCUCCCCACGGCAGAGACUGCUUGCCGGCGUUCUCAAAGUGGACAUACUUGGCGUCGAUGUGGCCGUAUCGGUAUGUGGUCACGCCCUGGUCGACGUCCUCCUGGGCGACAGCCACCACCGCCAGGUGUCCGCCGAACACCUUGUUGGGGUCGCCGUCUGGCAGAGCGCCCCUGACAACGACGUUUCUGGUGAUCUUGCCGACAGGCGCGCGCAUCUCCACAGUGCGUGUGUUGCCGGCGGCGUCAGUGACGGUCUCAACGCCAGCGUAGUGCCUCUUCUGGAGAGCUGGGGCGAUGUUGACUCUUGUGACGUAGACGCCGGUGUCGCCGACAGGUCCGGAGGGAUCGCCGACAGAAGUGAUCUUGACCUCCUCAAUCUCCCUCCAAUCGUAUUCGGUGGACCCGAUGACCAGCACGUCGUUGGCCGCCCAGCCCUGGAGGACGCCGAUGCUGCGGACAUCGAUGGACUGGGUUCCUGCCUCGGCUGUGGUCUCGAGCUUGGCCCAGGGGGUGGUGGUCGCGCCCAGCAAGUUGAGCUGGCCCACUACGCCAACGGCCUUGUUGCCUAGCCUGCACACAUUCAUGCGCACACCAACAACGGGCUCGGUUGCUCUCUCUGUCCCUCCCUGUUCGUUGCCUCACGCACCAGACGUCCUCGGCGUAUGGCGUCAUGGAUUUGUCGAGGUCGUUGCCGUGCAGCUCGAUGGUGGCGGUGAAGUCGGUGGCGCGGUAGUCGAUGUGCAACAUGCCCGACACGCGGAUGUUCUUGGCCUUGAGCAAGAUGUUGCGACCGCCACCGCCUUCCGCGUCCUGGAAGUCCGUUAUAAGGAUGUCCAGACGCCCUGCAGGCGCACAGACAGACAGACAGACAGACAGGCAGACAGACAGAGAGACGGGCAGACAGAGACAUGGAUGGUGGAUGGCUAUCACCGCACUGCCGACCUCCCCCACCUUCCCCACCUCUGACGUCGAGUUCUGGGAUGAUCUCGUUCUCGAGUGCUCCGGCAGCCGUCGCAUCGAUGUAGAUCCACCUGGUGGAUGGGAUGAUGAGAGGGUCGCCGCUCUUGGGGAAGCUGUUGCUGCCGCCAAACUCGCUCGCAUCCUCGAAGAAGCCCUCGAUCCUUCUGUGCUUGCCCUCAUCGACGUCGUCACCGGGCCGGACCCACGUGUCGGCUUCCGACCAUGCGUAUCUGGUGUCGCCCCAGUCGCCCUCCUCAAUUGCGGGGCAGCCCGUCUCCUCGCACUGCCGCGCCUUGAUGGCCAUCGUGAAGGGGCUCGACAGGUUCGCGAUCUCACCUGAAGACAGGCAGAGAUUUGUUCAUCGUAGGGUGGCAUGCUAUGCGCACAUGGACACAUUAGAUAUACCUUGCUGGUAGAUUUUGUCGGUGUUGAGCAUCAAGGCAAAGGUGCCGUUGUGGGCGCGGCCGCCAGGCAGAAUGUGGGUACCGAAUGCCAUUUCUGCCCACACAGGCAGCGCACAGCAAACAGGAGAGAGACAGAACUCCCACACCUGAAAACCUCUGUCUACUGCUCUGCCUUCUUACCGUUUGUGAGUGUGGUGAUGGGCUUUUCGGUCUCCGUGUAGAGGCUAAAGAGGUCGGGGUCGCCCUCGGGCCCCUUCUUCUCGAGGCCAAUGAUGCGCACCAGGGGAGCCGACUCGUUGUCCUUGGCGUCGAUGGUGGUGCACUUGCCGCCCAAAGAACCAGCACAGUUGCCGCCCAGCACACCGUCCCAGCCCACUGUGUUGGCCUCCGUCCACGACUCGUCGUACUUGUUGCUGUCGUACCAUGUCGGCACUGUGACCAAGAAGUGGUCCCUCCAGUUGUCCCACUGCCAAUACAUGCCUGUACGCAUCCAGCCAUCCAUCGAAGACACAAGCGGAAUGACCCCAUUGUCGGCCGCACACACACACGGACGGACGUACCCAUCCACUCUUUGGGUUCCCGGUUUGUCGUUGCCGCCAUUUCUUUGUACUUCUCUAUGUAAUCGGGGACGCCGUACUCGAGCUUGAACUCACGGAAAUUCGAACGCAUCCUGCUCAUACACACACACAGACAGGGAGAGAGGCCACAUGCCCUCAUCCACGUGUGUGGUCGUCCCCCAGUCCGUUCCCUCACUGACGCGGAGUUCCAUGUGAUGUUGUAGUAGGCGUCUGCCUGCAGAGGGACGGCCCAGCCGGAGAAGUCACGUGGCCGGUAGGGGAUGCGGUCGGUCUGGGGCGGCAGGCCGCUGUCCACCACCUGCUUCUCGGCCUCCCAGCUGUCGGCCCCGAAGAUCUCCAUCUCACGCCACAGCAGCUCGCGGGGCUCCAUGCUCUUGAACUUGACCUUGCUGCACAGACACAGACACAGACCCAACACACCCGGCAAAGGCACGAAUGAGCGUUGAGAUGGGAAGGCAGGCAGUGUGCUUCCUUCAGUGACCGACCGACCGGAUGGGUCUGGUGCAGACGAGUCCCUUGUCGUAUGUGUCGUCCUCGUUCAUGUGCCUGCAGCUGCUGCGGUUGUUGAAGGCGAAGUACUGCGUGGCCCAGCUGCACACAGCCACAAAACAUCCAUCCAUCUCGGCCGUGUCCAUUCACUACCGACCUGUUGGCUCCUAAGCCCGUGAAGGAUCCGUCAAGGUCCCAGAUGAUGUCUUUGAGGGUCCAGUCGACCCGCUUGUUGGAGUUGACGAACUUGAGGUUCUUGACGCGCGUCGUGUAGGCGCCCUGGGCCAUGUCCGUGUCAGACAGACACUUGGUGCACGGCUCUACACACACACAAAGGGCACACACACACACAGAGCCGUCAUCGCCGGGUGUGGUGGGGUGCAUUGUUUACUGAUGGCAUAGUUGUUUCCGAGGUUGACGAAGUAGGCGUCCUCGAUGCCCCAAUACUCCUUCUGCGGCGCCAUGAUGCCGCUGCCACCCGAGCCGUCGACCGAGCCCACCACCAGCAUCUUGUAGAAGUUGGGCGGCGACUUUUCGCCCACGUCCUCGUGCAUCUUUUCCCACUCCACACCGAGGCCGUUCUCGAAGAGACGAUAGCCGUGGUGAUGCGCAUCGCCCACCUGAUCGAUUCAUACAUCAACCAUCCAUCCAUCCACACACACAUGCACCCAAAUGAACGAGUGGCUUGCCUCUUUGUGGAAGACGCCGCGCCCAUUUCGGUAAGAGAGCAGUGUGUCGAGGUACUGCGGUUUGGUGACGGAGCCGCCGCAGGGGUCCGCCAUUGGGUUCCAUCCCGGGUAGAUGCGGAGGCCGAUACUGUUGGAGUGGGCAGAGUUGUUCUUGUACUGACCGACGUGCUCUUUGAUGGGGCACAGAUCCAUCGUGGCCGAGGGACCGGUGGGCCGGCCUGUCAGCUCGAACCAGAAGCCCCACGAUACUGAGCCGGCAGCGACGUUGUGGCGCCAGUAGUUAGAGGGGAUUUGCUGACAGGGGAACAGAGAAAGACAUCCAUGCAUGACCUCACUUUGCAGCGGAGAGGUGGACGUGGCAUGAUGUAUACGCACCUGCCAGAAGCUCGCUGUUGUGCAGUGAUGACAACAGGAUGGCAGAGACACGAGAAGUCAAUCACGGGCGUGAGUGUGUGUGUGUGAUUGAUGUGAUGUACCUGGCUUGAGGUCUCCCUUGAGCAUGACGGGAUUCUUGCGCGUGAGAGCCACCAGGUUGCCCUCAAUCCGAUUGUACUUCUCGGCACCAUCCUCCACAAACACAGUCUGCACACACAAUACAGAAAUGCAUCCCCACUCCUCCACCCACAUGGGCGUCAAGGCACUACACACGCCCACGUACGUGGCCAGCGACGUCGUAGUAGCAGUUGUCGGUGAUCUUGGCGUACCACACGCCGUGGAUGGUCGUGCCUCGCUGGAAGGAGUGGUGCACAGAGUUGGCCUUGAUGUAGCCGUCGUGCAGGAUCGACGACAGGUGGAAGUGCGAGCAGUAUCGGCCGAGAUUGCCCUGCUGACCGCAGUGGUACAGCUCGGCGUUCUCAAAACGCUGGAGAGCACCGACAGCCGCCAUCGUGUGCACACCGUAUUUCUGACACACAAUGCACAACGCAGAGACGGUGGUCGGCCCCUCUCUCCACUCUCUCUGUUCCCCAGCAAUCUGCUCUGCCUGCCCACCUUACCUGUUUUGGAGAGUUUUCAUCUCCGUGUAUCUUGAUGUUCCUCGUCAUGAGGCCGGCUUCACAAGUGAGUGUGGCCGGCUCGUGGUCCUUGACAAUGUCGACAUUCCACUCGUCGAGCUUGGCUUGCGUGACUGUGGUGACGAUGUGGUCAUGCUUGAGGGGCGUCUGGAGGGUCACGAUAUUGCCAGCGGAGCUGGCCACCUUGUGGACCUCGAUCUGGCCGAGGGAGCUGGUGCACGACGUGAUGAAGAUCUCCUCGUCCUCGGCCCAAUCCACUUCCGUCUUCAGGGUUAUCUCGGUGUCAUCUGCAGACAGACAGCCAAACACACAGAGAGACAGACAGACAUGGGAGAAAGACGUCUGUCUGUCUGUCUGUCUGUCCAUCUUUCAUGCAUGCACGCAUACAGGGCUAAAGGGGCACCCACCCUUGAGAGCAGUUUCUGCGAGGAACGUCCAGACGCGCUUGCGGACUUUGCCGUGUAUGUCCAUGAGACCCAUUCUGCCGACAGUGGAGCUGGGCGAGACGGCGAGCAUCUUGUUUCCCACGUGGGGCAUGGCGAUUGUGUCGAACUUGUCGCCGUGCAGCACGAUCUCGGCGUUCUGCUCGAAGGGUUCGGCCUGCGUCCCCAGCUCCCUGAACACAGCCAAAGCCAGCCAAGAUAGGAAGAAAGGAGCACACCAACAUUGGAGUGCCGGCUGUGUGUCUUUUCCUGACUGACUGACCAGAUGCCUCCGUGGAUCCAGAUGUACCUGCAUGAACCAACACCAACACCGACACAGACACAGACACAGGUGCGUGUGCGUGUCUGCCCGUCGCCCUCCCUCCCUCCCUGUCUGCCCUGACUUACGUAGAUUCCAGUUUGAGGUCCUUUCGGUCCCACACGAGCAUGCCGUGGAUGAGCAGCAUCUCCAGCUUGGGCGGGCUCACGUCCAGCAGCACACACUGACCGUCUGACAGGUGCGGAAGGAGAAAUGACAGACACACAGACCAGACAGACAGAAGGGGCAGACAGACAGGCCAUCGGCUCGGUGUGCCCAUAUGAAUGCGUACGGACCUGGUAUGAUGACGAAGUCGUCUUCUGCAGGCUCCUCGAAGUCUUUCCAUGUGUUGACAUCCGACCACCGGUCGAGGUAGCGGAAGUAAACCGUCUCGGUGUUUUCCACCAUGGCAUUGCCCCGACCCGGCACCUUGACGUCCACCGAGAAGGCUGCAGAGAAAACGGAUGAAGAUGCAAUAAGAAUGGACAGACAAAGAGACCAGUGCUGCUGCCUUGAUCAUUCACUUUGCAUGGUGGAUGUGUCCCUUCGCCCGGUUGUGCACUUCCACUCCGUCUCAGUGGCGGUCGUCACUUCGCACUCGACGCCGUUGAACUUGACGAUCCGUUCGGGUGGUUCGGUGCCAGGGUUGAGCCCAGUGCCCUUGAUGCUCACGGUAUCGUUUCCAAGCGAAGAGCCGUACUUGGAAUUGUCGGUCUCCUUGCCGAUGCUGCUGAUGAGCGGCGUGUUGGCCCAGCUGUAGGCGACCACAUAGCUGGCGUCGGCGACCGCGUUGGACGGAGUGGGUGGCUUGGUGAUGAAGGUGGGCUUCGGCUUGAUCUGCACGUGGGUGGGGCACUCACCGCCGGCAGCCGUGGCGACCACCACGUGACCCUCAAACCUGAAUGAAUCAAUGAAUCGAGAAAGGGGACAAGAACGGACAGAUGGACACAGAGCGCCACACAGAAAGAGAGAGAGGCAUUGGUGCACGUGAGGUGACGUACUUGAUGUCGUGGAUGUAGCAGCGGUGUGUUGCACCCCAGUAGCUGCACCACGCCAACAGAAUCGAUGCAUGAGGAGCCUAUUUCUUUCUCCUUUCUUUCCUUCUUUCUUUCUUUCUUUCUUUCGCCAUACCGGAAGUAUCUGGCGGUGACGGGGGUGCCCAGCUCGUCUGUCUCCUCGACCUUGAACUCGCGGGCGGUGAACUCGUUCCAUCCUUCGUUUGGCCGUGCGUCAGCGAGCCGCAUGAAGGUCGUCCAGGUGCUGCCGUCGUUGGACCACUGGAACUCGCCCAGCUUGAAGAAGUUGCGCUCGUGAUGCGUCGCGGGAGGGAAGAAGGCCAGGUUCGUCAAGUAGCCCUUGACCUUCUCGCCCUACACGCACCGCAACGAAACACACAGGAGAACUAGCCUGGCCGAGCCCAUCCGUGGCCUGCGUACCAUAUCGAUGCCAACAUAGCAUCGGUCGCCCGAGUCCGCGCCAUGGUCGAUUGUGCCGGCCGUCUCAGGGUCGUUGUCGAAGAUGCGGCUCUUGUCGUACUCCUUGUUGGCCGUCUCGUCGAGCGAGCUCAGGGUGGCUUCGUGGGGGAAGAUCUCCAGCGGCAGCACCACAUUGCGAUCCGCCAGCUGACCGAUGUCCGCCUCGGUGAGGACUGGCGGGGUGCGGCAGGUGGCCUGUCCAUACACAGGGCCGUCCUCGACUGCACAGGGGAGGCCGCAGACGGUGAUGCGGUUGUCGUUGGGAAUGUCGCUGAAGCCUCUGCCGGCGAACGUGAUGAGCUGGCCGCCGGCAACGGACCCUGGACCGCUGCCGUCCGAUGUCACGCCGGUCACUGCGAGUUCAAAUGUGAUCUGGAAGGAGGCGGCCAGACCCUUGCCGCCGACGUACACCUCAACCCAAUGGGUGCCUGAAGACACACAUACAGGCAGACACACAUGUACCGGUGAGGAAGGGAUGGAUGAGGUGCACCUUGUCUACAUGGACAUAUGUGUGUGUACCUGCCGUCUACAUGGACAUAUGUGUGUGUACCUGCCGGCGUAUCACCCAGAGUGCAUUUGAUGGAGGUGGCGUCGGCCGAUUGCCAAUCGGUGAUAGCGCACUCCUUGCCGCCGAUGACGACCUUCCGCUUGUCGGACUCGGGGACCUCCUGGGUGUCAUCGUCUGUCAGGCUGCACGAGUCUGUCACGAGGGGGGGCUGGACGUCCUUCUCCUCGAAGAAGGUCUUGAAUGUGUGGUCGGUGCCCAUGCCCUUGAUCUCCAGCGUUUGGCCCUUCUUGAAGCCGCUCUCGAUGGUAACCUUGUUGUUGUCGACGUUCGGGUUAUUGCCAUCCUGGAGCACCUUGGGCGUGAUGCCCGUGUCGAUGUACGCCACCUGGCAGUUGCACCUCGUCUCGCACUUUGACGACUUUGCUAUCAGAUCGUCGGGCCACACUACCGCUGCAGCAGCAAUGCACACACAUGGGGGCAGCAUUCGCGUGAGUGUGUGGUGGUCAUAUGGGUCGUCAUGUGUCUCCUACUUACUUUGGAGUCGUCUGCGUCUGUGCGAGCCGACGUCCUCCUUGGCCCAGUCUCUGAUCAUGGUGACGACGAUAUCAUCAGGCUCGGUGUGGAUCGUAGCGUUGCCGGCGUCUCCACGGGGGGCAGACAGGCGGCGACGGGAGUCGGCACCCGAGAUCUCCCGCUCCUGACGGAGAAGCCUCACUGCAUGGCUGGUCCACGCUGCCGCCUCCUACACGAACACACAAAGAUGAACCGUGAUGUUCAUGUGCCGUCCCUCCCUCUGCCCCGGCGUGCGUGGCUGCCUGACCGCGUCUCCCUUGGUCCUGUGUGUGUUGUGGUGAGUGCCGCCUCCGAGGGCUAUGUCAACGUCAUGGUGGCGGUGGUAGGAGAGCUCUUUCUUGUGCAGCGAGAACCGAGACGCCACGCCGCCUUUGCCGUGGGCUCUGAGGCGACGACGGAUGCGGUCGGACGGAUGCAGCGAUAUCUCAGCUGCACAAAGAGAAGAUAGGUGUACACGCAAAGACACAUGAAGCGAGGGAGAUCCGCCUGUUGUCAUUUGCUACUAACUCUUGGGAGUGAGCCGCCUUCGCCUGCUGGACGUGUCGGUGGUGAAGAGAGUCUCGUCCUGCCCGAGGACACGGACUUUGAUGUCCGCCAGCUGGAACUUGUCGUUGCCGACUGUGUCGGGCUUCUUGGAUGUCAUGCACUUGAGCCUCGUGUGGGACGCCUCGAUCGGCUGCACACACAUAGAAAGGCGCACACACACACAGAGAAAGAGCGCCAAAUCGACGAGACAUGUGCAGUUAGUCUGCCGGCAGCUGAGGGUACCGUGCAGUCGCCCCAUUCGUUGUCAUUGUUGCUUGGGUCGAGUAUCUUGACCUCGUUCUGGUCAGCCUGGGGACUGAAGCCCUCGCCGAUCAGCGUUAUCACACGACCGCCCUACAUGAAUACAGUCAGGGAGCAUCGAACGCAGGACACGUCUGCGUGUGGCUCUGCUGGCCUACCUCCAUGGACGAUCGGCGAGGCUUGACUUCGGUGAGGAUCAGCUGAUUGAGGAAGCCCUCUGCCGCCACGUUUGUGGCGUCCUUGGCGUACCCAUCGCCUGCACACCACGCAAACACGUCACGCCGUCCCCAUCCAUCCAUCCAUCCAUCGUGUGUGUCCGUUCCCGCUGACCGACCUUUGAUCCACAGAGUCACGGGGAGUUGGCUGGCGGGGUAUUCAGGGAUAGUGCACUUGGCUGUGAGGGUGGAGCCAGAUAUGCUGGUCACAUCACAGAGCUCGCUCUCCACGUGGCUGUCCGUCGCAUGGUUGCCCAAAAGCAGCCUCGCCGUGUCCCCCGUGGUGGCCUUGGACUCGGCUGUGUCGGCCAGCUGUGCUGUGAAGGUGACCUCAGUGCCACUCUUGCCGGUAGUGUGGCUCAUUGACGUGAGGGUGUUGGUCUGCUUGGCCGUGUACUUGAACAUGCAGUUGCUGCCGGAGUCCUCACAGAGGGGCUGGACAGAGUUGACGGUAAGGUUGAUGUAGCCGGUGACCUCCAAAUUCUUGGUGCAGAUCUCCUGUGCGGCCUCCUCGGCGUUGGUGUACUCCUCACGGACGGGCCAGGCGAAGUCACAGAGAGACGGGGUGACGCACUCGAUGCGGGUCGCCGUGGCUUCUGUCACCUUGCAAUCCAGCUUAAUCUCAGCUGAUGAAUCACCAGAGAGGCAAGCAACACACACGGCGAUCAAUCAAUGCGUGUGUGAGUGUGUGUAUGUGCUCGGGCUACCUUGUUUCUCCUUGGUCUCUUCGAAGCCCUCGUGUGUGUAGUCGAACCAGAGGUACACGUUGUAGUCGGCCGUCAAGGGGUCCAGCGCGAACCCCUCGCCAUCGAUCUCGAUCUGAGUACCGCCGUACAGCCCGCCUAACACGCAAACACACACACCGAUAUGACAACGCCUCAAUGCAACUCGGUCUGCACGCGUACCCGAGGGCAUCACGCCAUUGUUGACCUUCGUGAUUUUGUAGGUCAUGUUGAGCUGAGUGUUCGCAUCUGUCCCCCUUAUCUUGGCCUUACCCCAGUCCGUGACCGUGAGGGUGGGCGGGACUUCCGUCACGGGGACGUCCGGCUCGGGAUGGACACGUUUGAGGCGGCACAAGACGGUGUCAGGGUUAGUGUCGAUGUUGAUCUGUAGGAUGCGGCAGGGGCGGUUGCCGAAGAAGACCGUCAUGGGCGGCUCCCUGUUCUUGUCGGCCUCAUCCAGGAUGUCGUAAGUCGUCCCAGGCUCACCAAACUUCUCACCUGCAUGAGCACACCCGUCGAAAUAAGAGGACAAUGGUGGCGCAUGACCAGCGACCCACCCACGCACAUACCUGUGAUGGUGAUUGAUCUGGAUACUGAUGCUGGCACGAUUAAGGGGUCAGAGCCGUUGCCAACCUCGAUCGUGUCGAUCUCGGGAGUCUUUAGAUCCGAGUAGGUAAAAUUGAAGGCUUCUAUCCCGGAGGAGGCCGGGAGACCGUCAGCGCCUUCGUUGACCUUGACUACUGCACCGCCAGUCCCUUCCGGCGUGAGACACGUGAUGCUCGUGUAGGACGCAGCUGUGAUGGUGCAAAGCUCCGAGCCUGCGCAUGGAGAGAGAAACAGCAUGUGGUCGAGUUGGUGGAUGCGGGUGUGCGCGUGUCUCCCUUACUCACCGACUUUGACGACAUUUUCUUCGAGAGCCGCUUUGAAGCCGCUGCCUGUGAUGGUGAUUGGCAGCCCGCCGGCCUCCGACCCGUCCACAGGCGACGCAUCGGCUGUGAUCCACUGCAGGUACCCCAUGCCGCCCGCGGGAUACCCCGAUCCAAGGGUGGCGAUGCCUCUGCUCUUGACCAGCACCUCCAGGGGAAUGUUUGAGCCAAACUCGCCCGCACCGACGGUGCAAGUGAUAGUGCCGGGGUCGGCAGCGUCGACCGAGUCCACCUCGCACGGCGCCUUGCCGAUCAUCACAGUCACGUCCUCGGCCACAGCGUUGGCGAUGUUCCUGACUGCAUCGAGACACACAUGCACAGGUGCAUCCAAUGAGAAAAAGGCAUCUAGCCUCAUUUGUGUGGUGCCAACGCACUUGUGAUGGUGAGUUGGUCUCCCAUCUUGACGUCUGUCUUGUCGAUGGCCGUGACCUCGGGGGUGCGGCUGGUGUCGUAGGUGAAGGUGUGGCCGUAUGCCGAGUCGUCCUUUUGGUGGGCAGCAACCAUACCCGUCACCUCAACGUCAACCUGCACACACAUGACACACACACAGAGAGAGAUGCCAGUGGUGGGUGCGUGUGUGUCUCGGUGCGCGACCUGGUUGUAGUCGGGUGGCACAGCUGCUCUGAAGAAAUCAGCCGGAAUGGGCGAGAGGAAGACGUCCUUGGGGUCACCCUGUUCCACCACCAUAACGGGCGGGCUGGCCAGGGAACAGUUGCCGCGAGUAAGGCCGCCCUUCUCGGUGUCCUGACCACGUUGCAUACCGCACACACACACUCUCAAAGCGUUCCAGCGUAUGUGCUCAUCUCCUCUGCGCACCUCAGACGCAGUGAUGGUCGGUAUGACGCCGUCGCCGACCUUGCCCGGGACGCCGAAUUGCACCACGCGGUAGACAUCAGGACCGUCGCUCCAGCCCCAAUACUGCACAUAUACACAUUCACACGCAUCAGCCGGACAGGCAGAAAUGGAUGGGGUGUUCGGCUGUGUGUGACCCGAUCGACAGGGAUGCCCGCGUUUUGGAUUGCGUUGCGGAACUGCGAGGACGUCACAUUGCCGUAGAUGGGGACGAUGGUCUCACCAACAUGCAGCUUGAUAAAGCCUGCACACACACCCCAUCCAUCCAUCCAUCUCUGCACAAGUCCUGCCGUACCGUAUCUGUAUUUGAGUGUGGGGUCUGCCACUUCGUCGUGUAUGAUGUGGAGCAUGACGACGGCCGUCAUGGAGUGGUACUGGCGCAGCAGCUGCUUGGCCGGCUGGUCAAGGCCGUCCACCGCCUUGAUGCGCGCAGCCAGACGGAACCGACUCACACCCGUCCACUGAGAACAGAGACAAUCCACCAUGGCAUGUGCACAGUGCGGGCAAAUGAGGCUUACGUACCUCCCAGACUCUUGCGCGCAUAAGGUAUGGUGUCUCUGCCACGAGGUCCUGCUCGGCCGAUAUCUGGCCGGCCGCCUUCCAGUAGUACCAGUCGGGGCUUGUGGCUGACUCGAUGUUGAUGAUCGGCGCCUGCCAUUGGCCGCCGCUGUACAUCCUGACACACACAUACAGCCGUGUCUCUGUCUGUCUAAAAGUCUGAUGUGUGUGUGUUGUUGUGGCUCACUCGAGUGUGGCCUGGUCAUCGGCUGUGGCGUAGAAGACGUAUUUGCCGCUGACAGGGGGGAUGAAGUACAUGACCAUCUCCUCGCCGUAGUUGUCGUCCUCGCCGCCCGCGUUCUUGUAAAAAGACACAGAUGUCUGCGUCACAUCCUGCACACACACAUAGACAGCAUCAUGUGAUGUGUGUCUGGCUGCACACACAUCCAUCCAUGUGUCGAUGUGGGGCUGAAUUUGACCUCCAUGAUUGGCGAGUUCGGGUAUGGUUUUUGCUGGUCAUCAUUCGCGUGGUCAGGGUUGAACACGUCUUCUCUUGCGAUGCGACUGUUGCCCACCUUGUACCAGCUGUAUCGCUGAGUGAGUGACACCACACGCCACAAAGACGACAGAGAGCAUUGUCCACCUUCUUCGAUCUGUGCUAAGCUCAGUCCAUUUUGCGUCUCACCCUCCUGGGAACGCCCCUGGGCCCCAUCUUCCAUGGGUCAGAGGUGGCAACGUCUUGCUUGGCGCGUGCCUUACAUGUGAUCAUCUCGGGCUCCACGGUGAGCACAUCACACGGGAUGCCGGCCAGCGUCACAUUGACGUCCUCUGGCCCCAGGCCGUCCAUCGACUCGGGAAACGACGUGCCCUGCGAAAUGGACACAUACACAGAGACAUAGAGACACAGUGUCCAGAGACAUGCACGCACUUACGUUGAUGUGGACAAUGUCUCCUCCGUUUUGGCCGGUGGUGUCUGGCGUGACUUCCCUGACGGAUGGGUAGACGGUGACGUGCCAGCUCUCGCCCGUAGCGACGUCAUACUGCGCCGCAUAGGGCUCCGCGUAUGCACGACCGUAGCCACUCCAGUCCUCCUCGAUGUUCUGCGCCUUGUGGACGAUGCUGUGGCGGCCACACGGCAGCUCCUCGUACACAGUGCACGUAACCCGCUGGCUGCACACACACACACACACACAGAGACAGAAACAGUUCUUCUCUUCCCCAUGUGUAUCAUGUGUGUGUUGUGCCUGAAUGUGCAUGUGCAUACUUGUAGCUGACGCCUUCCUCUGCGUCAGGAGUUUCGCAUCGCUUUCCGCCGAUCCAAAUCUGAUGAUGGUCGAUAUUUGAGACUGACAGGCACAGAAAUAAAGGGAUUGAAGCAUAGAACGGAGCCAGAUCGGUGCUUACGUUUGAGCGAGCCCUCGAUUUUGAACUCGCUCCCUGCGGUGGUGGCCGACGUCAUUGAUGUGAUUGUGGGCGUCUGACCCCACUCGUAAUUGUACUUGGCGCUAGUCACUAUCUGAAACCAUGGAUCAUACGAACAGGACAGCGAGUGUCAGAAGCGCCUCUCUGGCUGGUCCCUCUUGCCUUUCCCUUUACCUGGCUGGCGUAGAUGGGCGUGAUGAUGUGGACCUGUAUCUCGAUGUUGUUCUUGGGCUCGAGGACGCCAUUCUCGUCCAGGCGGGGCCGCGUCUCGCACUUGAUCUGGUUGGGCGUGUGGUCGUACUCGACGAUGUCACAUGGAGUCGUUCCUACCACAGAUCCCCCACACCACCAGGCGUUUGCAGCCAACUGGUCGGCCCGGCGUUUGUGUGUUCACCGAUGUAGACGACGGUCGAGGUUGACUCGAGAGCGUCGCGCGACUCGGGCGUCAGCUCGUUGCCCUCUAUCCACACUGAACCAACCACAACAGACGACACACUUCACAGAGGGCUCACGGUCUGUCUAUCCACUCAUCUCACGGAAAGAUCCGCCCAUCAAGGAGCCCUUCCGGGGACGCACACUGGUGACCUGCGCGAUGCACACGCGCACACAAAGGAUAAAGCCGUGACCCACCGAGCAGAGAGCCGAACGUCCAUACGAUGUGCAGAUCUAUGCAGCCUGCGGUGUGCGUGUUCCUUACGGUGGUUUUUGCUGGCUGAGCAUAGCUCCAUGGAACGAGCAGUGCCAAGAUCAACAACACAGACCUGUAACGCCCCAU